GGCGGCCACUGAGGGUGGAGGGCUGUGAUCAGGUUGCGGCCUCAGAGUUUUCCACCAGGCAGCUUUUUCUGCCCCAGGAAAGGGCUGGGCUGGGCUGGUGAGCCAGGCUUCAGGUCCAGGGGCCCUGACAUGGGGGGCAAAGACAGAGGCCAAGAGGUGGGGGGACUACAAGACAGGGCCAGAGCCGUGGGCCUGAGCAGCCAGCAGUGAGGACAAGGAGGUGGUCGGCCCUGAGGCAGGCAGCGCUCCCCAGCCCUGCAGGCCCCAGGCCCCGGCCCCUGAGCCGUCCAGGAGUGGCUGAAAUCCAAGCUGCGGUAUAAAAGGCAGCCGCUGCUCCUAAGCCGGCACGGCUCUGAGCCGCCCUCCCGCCCGCCCUCUGUGGCCCGCUGGCCAGGUAAGAGCUGCCCAGGCCUGCAGCCGCUGGUCAAAGGGCAGCGGGUCCAUGACGCCGGCCAGGCCUGGAGGCCAAGGGCCAGCCCAGCCGAGCGGGGCCUCUGUGGGGCCUUGGAGACCACGAGAGCGCAGGGAGCUCCCCGGGCCCCUCUUGGGAGCCUGGGCGGGUCCUGGAGAUGCCCGGCGAUGGCCUGCACGCGGUGCUGAAGACCCGGUUUGGGCUCAUCAACGGCGCUGACCGCUACCUGACAGCUGAGAGCUUCGGCUUCAAGGUCAAUGCCUCGGCACCCAGCCUCAAGAGGAAGCAGAUGUGGGUGCUGGAGCCGGCCCCGGGGCGGGGCGGGGCCGUGCUCCUCCGCAGCAGCCAUCUGGGCCGCUACCUGUCAGCUGAGGAGGACGGGCGGGUGGUCUGUGAGGCGGAGCGGCCGGGCCGCGACUGCCACUUCCGGGUCCUGCCGCAGCCCGACGGGCGCUGGGUGCUGCAGUCGGAGCCGCACGGCCGCUUCUUCGGUGGCACUGAGGACCGGCUGUCCUGCUUUGCAACGGCCAUCUCCCCGGCCGAGCUGUGGGCCGUGCACCUGGCCGCCCAUCCCCAGGCCCACCUGCUGAGCGUGAGCCGGCAGCGCUACGCACACCUGUGCGCACAGGAGGAGGGGCUCGCAGCGGACAGCACCACGCCGUGGGGGGUGGGCGCGCUCAUCACCCUCACCUUCCAGAAGCGGCAGCACCGCCUGAGAUGCUGCGACGGCCGCUACCUGCGCAGCGACGGCCGCCUUGUCUGGGAGCCUGAGGCCCGCACCCGCUACACGCUCGAGUUCAAGGCGGGCAAGCUGGCCUUCAAGGACUGCGAUGGCCGCUACUUGGCGCCCAUGGGGCCCGCAGGCACGCUCAGGGCCGGCCCCAACACGCGGCCUGGCAAGGAUGAGCUUUUCGACCUGGAGGAGAGUCACCCACAGGUGGUGAUGGUGGCUGCCAACCACCGCUAUGUGUCGGUGCGUCAAGGGAUCAAUGUCUCGGCCAACCAAGAUGAAGAACUGGCUCAAGAGACGUUUCUGAUGCAGACCGACCAGGAAACAAAGAAGUGUACCUUCUACUCCAGCACCGGGGGCUACUGGACCCUGGUCACCCACGGGGGCAUCCAGGCCACGGCUACCCAAGUGUCUGCCAACACCAUGUUUGAGGUGGAGUGGCGUGGCCGGCGGGUGGCCCUCAAGGCCAGCAACGGGCGCUACGUGUGCAUGAAGAAGAACGGGCAGCUGGCGGCCGUCAGCGGUUCGGUCGGUGAGCACCCCCCGCCCCGCCCUCCCUCCGCGGCACCCUUGGGGCACCGGGGCUCGGUGGCAGGGCCAGACGCCCCUCCGGGGAGCCGUGCGGACAAGCCCCUCAGCCCCGUCUCCCCGCCAGGCGAGGCCGAGGAGUUCACCCUCAAGCUCGUCAACCGGCCCCUCCUGGUGCUGCGCGGCCCGGACGGCUUCGUGUGCCGGCGCCGCGGCUCCAACCAGCUGGACACCAACCGCUCGGUCUACGACGCCUUCCGCCUGAGCUUCCGCGACGGCGCCUACCAGAUCCGGGGCGGGGGCCGCGGCGGCGGCUUCUGGAACACCGGCGGCCACGGCCGCGUGCGCAGCGACGGCGAGCGCGCCGAGGACUUCCUCCUGGAGCUGCGCGAGCGCGGCCGCCUGGCCAUCCGCGCCCGGAGCGGCAAGUACCUGCGCGGCGGCGCCUCGGGGCUGCUGCGCGCGGACGCGGACGCGCCGGCGGGGCUCGCGCUCUGGGAGUACUGA